AUGUCACGCUUUCCAGAGGUCGACGAGGAUCUGUGCAUAGGUUGCAAUGUGUGCGUACAGGGAUGUCCCACUCAGUGCAUAGAGGUUAACGCAGAAACGAGGAAACUUGUCUUCAGAGCCAAGGAGACGUGCAUUAGUUGUGGACACUGUGCGUCCGUUUGCAGGACCGCAGCCAUAUCGAUGUUUGGCAUCCUACCAGAUACCGUCGAGGAAGAAAUCAUGGCAGACAAGCCUGUAGUACGAAGCAUUAAGAUGGCAAGACAGCACAGGUUUUUCAGGUCAACAUCCAUUUCACCACAAGAGGUCUUAAGGAUUCUCAAUAUAGCGAAGUACUCUGGAGCCAAUGCCUACAAUUCCGCCUUCCAUUUUACCGCCGUGGACCUCAAACGAAACAAUGUGGAUGCGGUCAUUGAGGUGUUUGUGACUGCGCUAUCGAAAACUUCAAAGUAUGCAUGGCUGCCCAAAGUACGCGCACAUGGAGGUGACCCCAUUUUUCACGGUGCACCCUGGCUUAUCUUGAUAUCGACAGGACACAAUGAGGAUGAUCCUAAGGAUGAUGGUCCAGGUCUAGAUGCAUUUACACAAGCUCACAUGCUAUAUCGGGACCUGCAGCUUCACUCAGAGAUACGCGGAUACGGGACUCACUUGUGUAGGAUCCUUCAGCCCCAUCUAAACGAUGUUCAAAGCCUGUCUGACUCUUGUCCAAACAUAUUUGAUGUACCUCAGUCGCACACCGUUCUCCUCGCGUUUGUUCUGGGAAUUGGGGCUAUGAAGUACCACAGGCCACUUCUCCUUCCAGACUUAGUCGAAGGCAUAGACGUAACGUUUGUGGAAUAA